UUCUGCAAACCCAUAUGCUUAUAUCCAUCUAAACAAACAUCAUAUACGUUCCUUCAUCAACUUUUCCUUUUGAGAUCUCUCCGCUUCACCAACAAAUUAAACUUGCAUCAUGAAAGCCUUCAAGGUUUUGCUUGUUCUUGCCAUGCUACUGACUUUAACCAUUAGCACUCUAUCUGCAAUCCCAGGCCAAGAAGAAUCAUUCUUCGAAGAGGAAAACAAUGAUCCAAAUGAUGAAACCAAAAGCCAAUUAGAAAAAAGCACUUCUCUGAGGGGAACAGGCCGCUUCCUUGCUUCUCGGGCGACAGUGAUGACAUGCGACAAAAAACCUAGUGUUUGUCGGGUCUCGGGCAGCGGAGGCCCAGACUGUUGCAAGAAGAAAUGUGUGAACACGAACACAGACAGAGUAAACUGUGGCAAGUGUGGGAAAAAAUGCAAGUACGCAGAGAUAUGCUGCAAAGGCAAGUGUGUGAAUCCAAGGUCUGACAGGAAAAACUGUGGCGGCUGCAACAAUAAGUGCAAGAAAGGCAGUUCAUGUGCGUAUGGGAUGUGCAGUUAUGCGUGAUCGAAUUAAUUACUGAUCAGCAGAUAAUGAACUCAUAUUCGGUCGACAUUGCGAAGAUAAAAUAAGGCUAUAUGAAUGUAUGUAUGUGUGCAAGGAUAAUAAGGGCUAGCUAGUCAUCACCUUUUGGUGUGCUAGCUUGGCCAGUUACUUGUUGAUUAUUUCUUUUAUUAUUAAUGUAAAAAUUCUUAAGAAUAAUGAAUAAAAUAUUAUCUUUUAUUUUAUU